AAUACUUUUUAUUGUUUUGGUGUAAAUGGCAAGUAUGCCUUAAAGAAUGGCGACCGUCGAUGUGGUGUUGGGCCCUAUGAAAUGCUUAUUCAUGAAGAAACUAAUGCGGUGAAAAACUCUUGGCCUAGUAUGGUGGCCCUAGUGAUGUAUAAUGAGACAUUCUGUGGUGGAUCUCUGAUUGACUCGAUACACGUAAUCACCGCGGCUCACUGUGUGGCUAACUUUUCGGAGAGGCAGAUUUCCGCACUGAGAGUGGCUUUGGGUAUGCACAGCUUAAUGCCCGUGAAAGAUCCACAAGUUACGAAGACGGUGUUACGGGUGGAGCGCCACAAUGAUUUCGAUGCAAAAACCUAUUACAACGACAUCGCUCUUCUAACACUGGAUUCACCUGUUGUGUUUACGGAAACCAUUUCUCCUAUUUGCCUACCGCCAAAUGGCUCCACCAAUCAAUACGAGUAUCGACAAACAGUGGUCAUUGGAUGGGGAGUAACCACAAAAAGAAUUCAAACGAGAAAUCUUUUUUCAGAUGGAACUCGGCCAAAUGUUUUGCAACAGAUAACUAUUCAAACAAUAACUAAUGCCGAGUGCAGGAGCAGAUUCGAUGGCGUGGUAACGAGCGGAAUUGCCGCUCAUAUGAUCUGUGCCUUUUCUCCAAGAAAAGACGCUUGCGAUGGUGAUAGUGGAGGCCCAUUGCUAGUUCAAGACAUGCCCGGUAACAAAUGGACUCAAAUUGGCAUAGUUAGCUGGGGAAUAGGAUGCGCAGAAUCUCAUCUUCCCGGAGUUUACACCAGAAUCACGUCUUUUGUUGACUGGAUUGAAAAACAAAAACAGUUUGAUCUUCAUAUUUUGAGGAGUAAAUGAACAUGUAAAGGGUCCGCGUCAAACCGAUAUCUUCUGCUGCAUUCUUGACACA